CCUCUUUUUGCAAUUGGAGGACAUUCCCACAACUACAGAAUCUCUUUUCGCAACACGACGUCGUCUCGCCUCCGUUUGGAUCCUCCCUCAGAACGGUUCUCAGUUUAGGGUUUUUGUAGAUGGAUUCGGAUUUGGAAGGAAUUGAGGCUAGGGAGAGUAGGCUGCGCAAUGCUUAUGAGAGUGCUAAUGCUCAAGCUUCGUCGAUUUUGCGGUUCACGCUGCAAUGGAAGGAGCUUGAGGAGCAUAUUGAGUACACUAAGGGGUUGUUUAAGGCCCGAUUCGAGGAGGUUCGGAACCGGGAGAGGGAGAUUGGGGUGAAGGAGAAGGAGAUGGAGGAGGAAGAGGUGAAGUUUAAGGCGGAGAGGGACUCGAAAGCGAAGGAUUUGCAUAGGAUUCAGAGGAUGGUUGAGGAGAAGCAGAAGGAGAUUGAUGGGAUGGAGAAGCGGUUUUCGGAGGUGGAGGAUUUGGUUAGGGAGAAGGAGGUGGAUUGUAAGUUGGUUCGGAAAUGUAUUGAAGAGGGGCAGAGGAAGUUGGGUUCGGUGGAAGAGCAGAUUCGGGUGAAGGGGAUGCAGUUGAAGUAUGUUCAGGGGUUGGUUGAGAAGCAAUGGAAGGAGCAUGAUUUGAAAGAGGAGAAGAUUCGGGCAAUGGAGAAGAAAGAGAAGGAUUUCGGUUUGCUUGAGAAGUCGAUGGAGGAGUGGGCCGGUAGACUUGAGGCAAAGGAGAUGGAGCUUCGGAGAUGGGUUGAGAAGCUUGAAGGACAGGAGAGAGAGGUUGGCUCUAAGAUUGAUGAAGUGAAUUUGAUUGAUAAGAAGGUCCAUGAAUGCCUGAAAGAGGUUCAGUUGAAAGAACAGAAUUUGUAUUCCCUUGAAAAGUCACUACAUGUACAAUCGUGUGGACUUCAAAAGAAAGAGAGGGAGCUUGAAAUCAAGCAAGAACAAGUUUAUUCAGAUGUGGUUCGAAAAUCCACGAAAGUACACAGCCAGACUUUGAAAUCGAAGGAGAAUUCUCAUCAAUUGAAAGUUGAGGAAUCAGAAGAUACCAUUCCUGCUGCUAACAAUGGGAAUCGGGAUGGCAGAGGCUUGCAAUUGUUAAUGAACCAGCAUUUGAGGAGGAAUGAUUUGAUGCUUAAAGAAAUUGACGAUACUCUUCAAAGGUCAUCAGAUCCAGCGAAACUGGUGUUGGAUGCAAUGCAUGGUUUUUACCCUUCAUAUUCGGCUGUGGAAAACAACAAGUUUGAGUUGACAGUUAUUAGGAGGAGUUGUAAUUUUUUGUUGAGGGAGUUAAAAAGAGUCUCUCCAAAUAUUACUCCUCAAUUGAGAGGAGAAGCUAUGAAGUUAGCAGUUGAGUGGAAAGCUAAGAUGCAUACUGACAACUGGUUGGAAGUAUUGGGUCUUUUGCUGCUUCUUGCUGCUUAUGAUUUGAGCUCUACUUAUGAUGUGAAGGAGCUUGAAAGUCUUGUUGGUAUAGUUGCUCAGCACAACUAUGACGCAGCUGAAUUAUGCCUGGCUCUUGGUAUUGGAGACAAGGCACCUGAUCAGGACACACAGGGUCAAAGCACUUCAAAAAGAAAUACAAGCAGCAACAAUUGUUCCCCUGAUAAUAAAAUUGAGAAACCUGCAGAUUCUCCACUGGCCAAUAUUCAACGGACUACCACCACAAAUACAGAUUUACCGAACCCGCAGGUGUUACCAAAUGAGCAUUUGAGUACUGGGAAUCCUUUGAUGAUUCCAGCUGUUACAGAUGGUUCCUGUCAGUCAUUAGUUGGUUUAGCAGGUAAAGUGGUUGCAGCAGGUGUGGUUCAGGAGCUUAUUGCAAACAAGCAACUGCUUCAGGCCGUUGUGUUUAGUUGCACCCUCAAGUUAACUGACAUGUUUCCCCCUGUGCCACUGUUAAAAGAAUGUGCAGAGGGUGCGAUAAGGAAUGGCUCAAAGGCAGUAAAGGACCUGAAAGAUGUGAUUGGAUGCAUCAAAGAUUACAACCUAGAGUCUGAAUACCCAUCCAAGGACAUUGAAUUGCAACUUCAGAAGCUGGAGAGCCUAAUAGUGGAUCGGGAAGCUGCAUGUCUUGACGCCAAGCCAGUUAAACAACAAGCUAAGAAGAAAAGAUGGAGGAAACGUGAUAGCAGCACUUAUGUCUCCGAUUUUCAACCACCACAAUCAGCGAAGAAGAAACACAUCAAGUGUUACCAUUGCAAUGAGCCAGGGCAUGUUCAGAGCAACUGUCCCCAAAGAUGCUGAAGGCUUAUGAAUUGGUGGUAGUUUUGUUGUAAGUUUGCUCAGCAUUUCAGGACAGAGAGUUUUGGAAUCUUUUAUGUACAGGCCUUGUUCUUUAUGUAAUUAUCAUGAUGGUUUUUCCUUAAAUUUUCUUACUGUUUAUAGAUGCAUAUUGGUGUC